AUGCUGAGCCUGAAACUCCCCAGGCUGUUCCGCAUAGACCAGGUGCCCCAGGUGUUCCAUGAGCAGGGCAUCCUCUUUGGCUACCGACACCCACAGAGUUCCGCCACUGCCUGCAUCCUCAGCCUCUUCCAAAUGACCAAUGAGACCCUCAACAUCUGGACGCACUUACUACCCUUCUGGUUCUUUGUGUGGAGGUUCGUGACUGCACUGUGCGUGACGGACAUCCGGAAUGACAGCUACUCGUGGCCCAUGCUUGUGUACAUGUGUUCCAGCUGCGUGUACCCGCUCGCGUCCAGCUGCGCACACACCUUCAGCUCCAUGUCCAAGAACGCCCGCCAUAUCUGCUACUUUCUGGACUAUGGUGCCGUCAGUCUCUUCAGCCUGGGCUCAGCCAUCGCCUACUCUGCGUACACGUUCCCUGACGCGCUGAUCUGCAGUACCUUCCACGAGUGCUACGUAGCCCUGGCUGUGUUGAACACCAUUCUCAGCACCGGCCUCUCCUGCUAUUCCAGGUUUCUUGAACUGCAGAAGCCCAGGCUCUGCAAACUGCUCCGGGUCCUCGCCUUCGCCUACCCCUACGCCUGGGACUCACUCCCCAUCUUCUACCGGCUCUUCCUGUUCCCAGGGGAGAGUUCAAGAAAUGAAGCCAUGUUGUACCACCAGAAGCACAUGAUCAUGACCCUCCUGGCCUCUUUCUUGUACUCCGCUCACCUGCCAGAGCGGCUGGCUCCUGGACGCUUUGACUACAUCGGUCACAGUCACCAGCUGUUUCAUGUGUGCGUGAUCCUGGCCACCCACUUGCAGAUGGAAGCCAUCCUUCUGGACAAGACCCUGAGGAAGGAGUGGCUCUUGGCCACCUCCAGACCCUUCUCUUUGCCUCAGAUAGCAGCAGCCAUGCUUCUGUGCAUUGUCUUCAGCCUCAGCAACAUUAUUUAUUUCUCAGCUGCUCUGUAUCGGAUCCCUGAGCCUGAAUUACAUGAAAAGGAAACAUGA